GAGAGCCAUCACAAAACCUAGGAUAAUAAUAAUAAUGAGAACAAUAAUAAGGAUGAUCAUAUAAGAUGAUAAAAUUUAGACUCAUCUGUCUCCAAUUAUACAAGACAAAACCUGUCUAUUUCCUUUGAACAAUUAUGGCAAGCUCUAUAGAAAGGUUUGCACUUAUUGUCGUUAUUAUUAAGCUUCUUCUAGUGAACUACUAGAACCUUAUGCCACACACUUCUUUCUGAAUUUUUCUUUCCUAUAACCUAUAUUAUAGGUAGUAUCUUUAUAAACUAUACAUAAGUACUCUUUAUUCUAGUUUUUGUUUUAGGUCACCAUAUCCAUUAUAAUUUUUGUUUACCCUUAAGAAUUUCUUUACGUCCGCAAACAUUGUCUGGGUAAAUUAAUAGACCUUUUUAACAUCACUAAAUAUCUCUUCUAUAGGUUGCUCCAGAGCUCUGUUAAACACUUUCCUAUAGUUUCAUCUUCCUUUGUGUUUUGCAAACCACUCCAAAACACAGAUAAAAUCUUUUUCUUCUCACCAAAUUUUCCGUGUCCAGAUUAAAAAUAUAUAUUAGGUACAUUGCAUAUUAUAAGCUAAUUGCAUAGUAUUUUAACUUUAAGAUAUAUUAGUAUGCUGUCUAUUAAUGUUUAACACGAUUAUAACAAUCAUGUAACCAGUAUAUUUUAAAUUAUAUUAAGUGUAUACACAAAUUAUGCACAUAUGUACAUAUAUAUAACUUUAAUAUGCGUGAAGAGAGUAUUAAUUUAAAUUGGGCGAAGAGAAAAAGACUUUCUUCAUGUUUUGGGGCGGUUUGCAGAGUAAAGAAAAGAGACUAUAGGGAAGCAUUUAAAGGAACCCUGGAGCAACAACUGAAGGCAAAGAGAGAGAAUGCUCUCCCUUCCCAAGAGUAUGUGCAGGAGGAAGGUUGGAAAGCGGGAAAACAAAAAAACUAAAACUUAAAAGACAAUUCUAACAGGUUCUGCUUAAAAAGGGUGGAGAGAAUAAAUAUCCAAUUACAUUGACCAGUUACUUCAAUUUAAUGCCGCAAUGUUGUUUAACUAUCCAAUCAGGUUGCUCUUAUCUCUAUAAAUAGGAAGCAAAGCACUGUUCUCAUACUUCACGUUUUGGGGUCUUUCGGGUAUUUUUUCCGUGGGGAGGGGCUUAUUUUGCUUUUUCUGCUAUGGCUCGUACCAAGCAAACCGCACGGAAGUCUACAGGAGGAAAGGCUCCCCGUAAGCAGUUGGCUACGAAGGCAGCUCGCAAGAGCGCGCCGGCUACCGGCGGCGUAAAGAAGCCUCACCGCUACCGGCCCGGUACCGUGGCUCUGCGAGAGAUCCGUCGCUACCAGAAAUCAACCGAACUUCUGAUCCGCAAGCUGCCCUUCCAGCGACUGGUCCGUGAAAUUGCGCAGGAUUUCAAGACUGACCUUCGCUUCCAGAGCUCAGCUGUAAUGGCCUUGCAGGAAGCUAGCGAAGCCUACCUCGUGGGCCUUUUUGAGGACACCAAUCUGUGCGCCAUCCACGCCAAGCGGGUAACUAUUAUGCCUAAGGACAUCCAGCUGGCUCGCCGCAUCCGCGGGGAGAGGGGAGGCAAGGCUCGCGCCAAGGCUAAGACUCGUUCCUCCCGUGCUGGCCUGCAAUUCCCAGUUGGCCGCGUACAUCGUUUGCUUCGCAAGGGCAAUUAUUCCGAGCGGGUCGGGGCUGGAGCGCCGGUGUAUUUGGCUGCGGUGCUGGAGUACCUCACUGCUGAAAUUUUGGAAUUGGCUGGUAAUGCUGCCCGCGACAACAAGAAAACGCGUAUCAUCCCACGUCAUCUUCAGCUAGCUAUUCGCAACGAUGAAGAGCUCAAUAAGCUACUGGGUAAAGUCACUAUUGCCCAGGGCGGCGUCCUGCCCAACAUCCAGGCUGUGCUGCUGCCGAAGAAAACCGAGAGUCACCACAAAGCUAAGGGCAAUUGUUGCCCCAGUUCUGAUAUGGCUCGUACCAAACAAACUGCUCGUAAGUCUACAGGCGGUAAAGCGCCCCGUAAGCAACUUGCUACCAAAGCAGCUCGGAAAAGUGCUCCAGCUACCGGAGGCGUGAAAAAACCUCACCGCUACCGUCCCGGCACUGUGGCCCUGCGAGAAAUCCGCCGCUAUCAAAAAUCCACAGAGCUACUUAUUCGCAAGUUGCCUUUCCAGCGGCUUGUUCGCGAAAUCGCUCAGGAUUUCAAGACUGAUCUUCGUUUCCAGAGUUCAGCAGUGAUGGCUUUGCAGGAGGCCAGCGAAGCCUAUCUUGUGGGGCUGUUUGAAGACACUAAUCUGUGCGCAAUCCAUGCUAAGCGGGUCACCAUCAUGCCUAAAGAUAUUCAACUGGCUCGCCGCAUCCGUGGAGAAAGGGCUUAAAAUUUUCACUUCAGUUUCAAAAUAGACAAACCAAAAGGCUCUUUUCAGAGCCACCUGCAUUUUCUUUCAAAACAGCUGUAAUUUUCUAGAAUCAGAUCUUGCCUGGAAGCUUUGUCUUGUGAGGGUGACCAGUUGGCCUAUUUUUGUUCUAAUUCACACUUGAUUUCUCUCAGGAGAGGCACUUCCGGUUCCAGGAACUACACUUUAAAAAUUAAAAAUUUUUAACCACGUGGUACGUUGAUAUCGGGCGAAACGCAACUGAAGCUUUGUUCUGAAGUAGUUCAGUUGCUUAUUACAGUUAAUAGGUUAUCUUCUACGUGGCCUGUUAGAACCCGAGUUCAAAUUUGAACUUGGGAAGGUAGUUUUUCUGACUUGGGACCCAAUGCUAUUACACACUGCUCCACCUCACUGCCUAAUAUAAGAACCAUAAAAUCACAAAAUUAACAAACGUUAGAAUCUGGAACACUCCUGUUGUAUACAAAAAGGGAUCAUCGUUUCAGUACAUUACGUUAAAUUCGGCAAUUUUAAAAGGGCGUAUGCAAAUUAAAAGAUUCUGGAUUUUGUUUCUCAUUGACCAAUGAAUAAAACUAAUAUCAACCAA